AUGCCUUUCUCUCAUCACAGCCAUUCGGGCCAGUUCUGCCCCGGCCAUGCAAAGAACUCACUCGAGGACGUCAUUCAGACGGCCAUUGCACAGAAGAUGCAAGUCUUUUGUCUCACAGAGCACAUGCCCCGUGGAAAAGAAGAUUUUUAUCCUGAAGAGAUCUCCGAUACGGAAGAAUGGCAUGUCAAAAACGAAGCAUCUUUCUUUGCAGAAGCAAUCCGGUUACGCGAAAAAUACGCAUCCCAGAUUAAACUCGUGAUUGGAUUUGAGAUUGACUGGAUCCGGCCCGAAUCCCUGCAGCUCAUCGAAGCCUCGAGAUCGCGCUUGCCGUUUGAGUUCUUUGUUGGGUCAGUACACCAUGUACACACCAUUCCAAUCGACUACGACACGGCCAUGUACAACCAGGCGCGAGAAGUUUCCGGUGGCACAGACGAGCGCUUGUUCGAGGACUACUUUGAUAGCCAGCUCGAUAUGCUGCAGAAGCUGAAGCCGCUGGUCGUCGGCCAUUUCGAUCUUAUCCGUCUGAAGAGCGCAGAUCCAAAUGCCACGUUUACUCAGUAUCCCGCGGUGUGGGAGAAGAUUCGACGCAAUCUUCAAUUCGUAGCUAGCUAUGGGGGCAUUCUAGAGCUCAACUCGGCUGCGUUGAGAAAGGGGAUGAGCGAACCGUAUCCCAAAGGGGAAAUCUGCAAGGAAUUCUUAUCAAUGGGUGGACACUUCUGCAUGUCCGACGACAGUCACGGUGUUGAUCAGGUAGGAUACGGCUACCGUCAAGUGCUAGAGUUUGUCGAUCGCACGGGUAUCACGACGCUACACUACUUGGAUGUAUCCAAAGGAGAGGAUGUCCCAGACAGUCGGUUCCCGGAAACGACGAUCCGGUCCGUAUCAGUGCAAGAGAUUAAGCAGGCUACAUUCUGGCUUUAA